UGCAGCGCUACCAUGGAAUCAGUGGAGUGAGGAAUGCGGCCCAGCCACUGCAGUGUGGGGCUGGCAGGUGACCGCAAACAGGGAACACGGCACACGAGGCUGGAGACAGGGCUGGCCAUGCCCCGGCUCAGCUCAGCCCUGCUCUGCACGUUCACGGGAAGGAGGAGGAGCAGCAGUGGCCACCGCUGCCGCUGGACGAAGGCGUGGGCGAUGAGAGCUGCGCUGCACGUCCAUAGGCACAGGCUGUCCCGCAUCACCUCCUGUCUCUACCUCAGCGACGGCGUGGCUGCGGGCAGCGUGCAGCUCCUGGCUGCCUACGAGAUCACCACCGUCAUCAACGUCUCCCUUGAGGUGGCCAACGUGCUCCACCCCGGCAUUCAGUACCUACACAUCCCGGUGGCCGACACCCCCACCGCCCGCAUCUCGGCCUGCUUCAACUCUGUUGCCGACUUGAUCCGCAGCGUGGGUGAGCGCGGGGGCCGCACGCUGCUGCACUGUGCAGCUGGGGUGAGCCGCUCGGCCACCCUCUGCAUAGCCUACCUGAUGAAGCACCACGGCAUGUCGCUGGCCAGAGCCCAUGCCUGGGUCCAGUCGUGCCGACCCAUCAUCCGGCCCAACAACGGCUUCUGGCGGCAGCUCAUCCGCUACGAGUAUGUGCUCUUCGGCAUCAACACCGUCCACAUGGUCCACUCGCCCUUUGGGAUGAUACCCGACAUUUACGAAAGGGAAGCGAGGAUGGUGAUGUUCUGAGUGUGGCCCAGCUGGGAACCAAGGGAAGCAGAAGGUGGAGCUGCAGUAGAGCUCUGAAAUAAACUCUCGUUGUCUGACA